GUUGUGGGUGCACCUUCGAUACUCCCACUUCCAUACACAUUCAUUCUACCUUGUUCCUCUACUUCAUAUCCCAUUUCAACUCUGUGAAUCAACAAACCUAACUACAUACAAUGAACAACCACCUGCUACCUCUGUUUAUCACUACGUUGCUCGUCGCACUUGCUUCGGCUUCUUCCUCGAAUUCAAGGACAAGCGACAUAGAAGAGUUGCAAAACUUCAACCACUCAUCAAUGGCUGCUAGAAUAAAGGAGAUUGAAAUGCGGAAUGAAAAGGCAGUCCAAGAUCCUGAGGAGGUUGUCGCUAUGGUCGAAAUGAGUACGAGAAACAGCACAGAGAGGAGAAAAUUAGGAUAUUUUUCAUGCGGAACGGGAAAUCCAAUCGACGACUGCUGGCGGUGUGAACCGAAUUGGCAGCGGAACCGUAGGCGGUUGGCGGAUUGCGGCAUUGGUUUCGGGCGGAAUGCAAUUGGUGGGCGUGACGGGCGGUUCUACGUGGUAACCGAUUCCCGUGACGAUGACCCGGUCAACCCACGGCCCGGUACCUUACGCCACGCCGUGAUCCAAGAAGAGCCGUUGUGGAUCGUGUUCAAACGCGACAUGGUGAUACAAUUAAAACAAGAGCUUAUUAUGAACAGUUUUAAAACAAUCGACGCGCGCGGGGUCAAUGUACAUAUUGCUAAUGGAGCCUGCAUUACAAUCCAGUUUGUUACUAAUAUUAUCAUUCAUGGGUUGCAUAUUCAUGACUGUAAACCGACGGGGAACGCGUUGGUGAGAAGCUCCCCGUCGCAUUACGGGUGGCGGACCAUGGCUGAUGGUGAUGCUAUAUCCAUUUUCGGGUCGAGUCAUAUAUGGGUUGAUCAUAAUUCACUAUCUAAUUGUGCUGAUGGGCUUGUGGAUGCUGUUAUGGGCUCAACUGCCAUCACUAUUUCUAACAAUUAUUUCACCCAUCACAACGAGGUGAUAUUACUGGGCCAUAGUGACACUUAUUUUAGAGACAAGCUAAUGCAAGUGACCAUUGCCUACAAUCAUUUUGGAGAAGGUCUAAUUCAAAGAAUGCCAAGAUGUAGGCAUGGUUAUUUCCAUGUGGUAAACAAUGACUACACACAUUGGGAAAUGUAUGCAAUUGGUGGAAGUGCAGACCCUACAAUUAAUAGUCAAGGCAACAGAUAUCUGGCCCCUGCAAACCCAUUUGCAAAAGAGGUUACGAAGCGAGUGGAUGCCGAUCCAAGACACUGGCAUGGAUGGAACUGGCGGUCGGAGGGUGACCUACUUCUUAAUGGGGCUUAUUUCAUCCCGUCUGGUGCUGGGGCUGCUGCCAGCUAUGCUCGGGCCUCAAGUUUAGGUGCAAAGUCAUCGUCGUUGGUUGGUGUCAUCACUUCCACUGCCGGAGUUCUUAACUGCCGCAUAGGCAGACGCUGUUAAUUACCCAUUUGGUAAAAAGAAAAAAAAAGUUUAAAAAAAAAGAAAACGGUUAUUUUCUUUCUGUCCUACAAGUCAAGAUAUAUAUAUAUAUAUAUAUUUAUAGAUUUUCAUACCUACAAGUUACGCGAUCUUGGUAAGUAAACAUUUUACAAAUUGCUUUCCAUCAUUUCAUUAUUGUGCAACCUUGAUCAAACUGUCAAGUGUUGCUUACGUUGUACGUACGUGUUAUUUGGAUUAUAUGACAAGACAAGACAAGACAAGACAAGACAAGACAAGACAAGACAAGACGGGAGUAUCUAUAUAUGUCGAGCUUGUCGUUUUAGUUACUUUUAUGUCUUGUAAGGUGUUAUGUGAAUUUAAAAACCUUGAAAUUGAAUGGAAACCUAUUCAAUAUUCAACA